GAGCGUGCGCGAGGCGGUGGCGGCGGGCAUGCGGCGUGCGGUGGCGGCGGGCGCGCGCAGGCCCGUGCUGGCGCUGAGGCCGCUGCGCCCCCCCGCCACCGCCGCCGCCGCCGCCUUCGCCCCCGCCGACGCCUGGCGACGCAGCGAGCUGGUGGCGCUGCUGGCCGCGCUCGAGGCGCUCUACGUGCCGCUGGAGGUGCGCGAGUCGUUCCCGGAGCGGCUGCCGCGGCUGCGGGCGCUGGGCGUGUGGGACUGCGGCGUGGGCGCGGCGCUGCCGGCGCUGCUGCGCGACGCCGUGGCGCUGGAGCGGGGCAGGGCGCUGGCGCGCGACAUCGGCGGCGCGGACCCCGAGCGCAUGGCGCCGCCGCGGCUGGCGCGGCACGUGCGCGACGCGUUCGCGGCCGGCGCCGUGCGCGUCUCCGUGCUGGAGGGGCCCGAGCUGCGCGCCCGCUACCCGCUGCUGGCCGCCGUCGCGCGCGCCGCCGACCCGGUGCCGCGCCACCGCAGUUGCGUCAUAUUUCUGGAUUACGAACCGGAGUCUUAUGAAGAGACCGUAAUGUUGGUCGGAAAGGGCGUGACGUACGACACGGGCGGCGCGGACGUGAAGACGGGCGGCGCCAUGGCGGGCAUGUCGCGCGACAAGUGCGGCGCCGCCGCAGUGGCCGGCUUCGUGAAGGCGUGCGAGCUGGUGCGGGCGCGCGUGCGGGUGCGCGCCGCGCUGGGCGUGGUGCGCAACUCGGUGGGCGCGGAGGGCUACGUGGCCGACGAGCUGCUGCGCUCGCGCGGCGGGCUGCCCGUGCGCGUGGGCAACACGGACGCCGAGGGCCGGCUCGUGAUGGCCGACCUGCUGCACGAGAUGCGCGAGCUGGCCGAGGCGGCGGCGCCGGCCCCUGCGCACCUGUACACGGUGGCCACGCUGACGGGGCACGCCGUGCGCGCGGCGGGCGAGGGCUACGGCGUGGCGCUGGACGGGCACGCGGCGCGCGCGCGGCGCCACGCCGAGAAGCUGCGCGCGGCGGGCGACGCGCUGGCCGAGCCGCUCGAGGUGUCGCGGCUGCGGCGCGAGGACCUGGCGGCCCACCGCGGCCGUGCGCCGGGCGACGCGCUGCUGCAGGCGGCGCCCGCGCCCUCGGUGCGGCUGCCGCGCGGCCACCAGGGGCCCGCCGCCUUCCUGCUGCUGGCGGCCGGCCUGCUCGACGCCGACGUGCCCUACACGCACCUCGACGUGGCCGGCUCGGCGGGCAGCUUCCCCGCGCCGCCCACCGCCGCGCCGCUGCUGGUGCUGGCCGCCGCCCACGGCCUCAUCACCAGCUGC